CCUAAAUCAGACUUAAUAUUGCGCCACGUCGGCGGGAAUGGAUGAGGCGGGGAAGAGCUCACUGUAGAGAGAGUCCACCGUCACUUCACCACCGGCUCCCGUGCUGCCGAGGAUAGCCGGUCACAGGGCCGCAACCGCCCAUUGUCCGUCGUAAUUGCAACAUUGUCGCCACCGGCAAUCAUGCUCCUCUCGCUAUCUCCAGCUUCCUCUCUCCUCCCCGCCGCUCUGCGCCGCCCCGGGGCCUACCCUCCCGCCGUUUCCCGCCACUCUCUCGCCAUAAAAUCCGCCCUAAACAAGGACUCCCCCACCCCGAAGGCCGACAACGGCUCUCCCCCCUCCGCAGCUUCCAAGCCCAGCUCAUGGGUCAGCCCCGACUGGCUCACCUCCCUCACCCGCUCCGUGACCCUGAGCGGCGCCGACGACUCCGGCAUCCCGAUCGCCAGCGCCAAGCUCGAGGACGUAUCCGACCUCCUCGGGGGCGCCCUUUUCCUGCCGCUGUUCAAGUGGAUGAACGAGUACGGGCCCGUCUACAGGCUCGCCGCUGGGCCCAGAAACUUUGUGGUGGUCAGCGACCCGGCCGUCGCCAAGCACGUGCUCAGGAACUACGGGAAGUACGCCAAGGGGCUCGUGUCCGAGGUUUCCGAGUUCCUCUUCGGUUCAGGCUUCGCCAUUGCUGAGGGCCAACUGUGGACGGUGAGGCGGAGAGCGGUAGUUCCAUCUCUUCACAAGAGGUACUUGUCGGUGAUGGUCGAUCGGGUGUUCUCCAAAUGUGCAGAGAGAUUGGUAGAAAAGGUCCAAACCGCUGCUAUAAGCGGAACUCCAGUUAACAUGGAAGAGACAUUCUCCCAAUUGACACUUGAUGUUAUCGGUCUAUCGGUGUUCAACUGCAGUUUCGAUUCGCUUACUGCUGAUAGCCCUGUCAUUGAUGCAGUUUAUACUGCUCUGAAAGAGGCCGAAUUACGCUCCACGGAUUUGUUACCCUACUGGAAGAUAAAUUUUCUGUGUAAGAUAAUCCCGAGGCAAGUAAAAGCUGAAAAGGCGGUUGGAGUGAUUAGGAAAACUGUGGAAGAGCUCAUUGCAAAAUGCAAAGAGAUCGUAGAGACUGAGGGUGAAAGAAUUGAUAAAGAGGAAUAUGUCAAUGAGUCUGACCCAAGCAUCCUCCGCUUCUUGCUUGCCAGCAGAGAAGAGGUGUCGAGUGUACAAUUGCGGGAUGAUCUCUUAUCCAUGUUGGUUGCUGGUCACGAGACCACUGGUUCGGUUCUAACUUGGACUUUAUAUCUUUUAAGUAAGGAUGAAUCGUCUCUAAAGAAAGCCCAAGAAGAGGUGGAUAGAGUUCUACAAGGGAGGCUUCCUUCCAAUGAGGAUGUGAAACAUUUGAAGUUCUUGACGUGUUGUAUAAACGAGUCACUACGACUAUACCCUCAUCCUCCUGUUUUGAUAAGACGAGCAACAGUUCCUGAUGUGCUUCCUGGAGAUUACAAGGUUGAUGCUGGCCAAGAUAUAAUGAUUUCCGUAUAUAACAUCCACCAUUCUUCGAAGGUCUGGGAGAGAGCUGAAGAAUUUGUGCCAGAAAGAUUCGACCGAGAAGGACCGCUGCCUAAUGAAACCAAUACAGACUUCAGGUUUAUUCCAUUCAGUGGAGGUCCACGGAAAUGUGUCGGAGACCAGUUUGCUAUGCUCGAAGCAAUAGUUGCUCUCGCAGUUUUCUUACAAAGAAUGAAUUUCGAGCUUGUUCCUGAUCAGAAUAUUGGAAUGACAACUGGGGCUACAAUACACACAACAAAUGGUUUGUACAUGAAACUUAGCCAGAGGCUAACCGAGUAUGCAUUUGCAUCAUCUUCUUCUAGGUGAGCUGGUUAACCUGUAUAGUUAUGAAGAGGCUGAGGUCUUCUUGUGCGAAAGCUUCUGUGUCAUUCACAUUGAUUCAUUUCAUUGAUGAAGAAAUUUGGAAACAUAUUCCCACGUUUUAUGGGCAGAAGAAAUCAGUGCUGCUUGUACACAAAUUGUUUGAUAAAUUAAAGUCCAUCAAUAACUCCGAGCUCAAGAUCACUGUCUUUACUUGCAGUGCACAUCACCUUAAACAUCCUCUAGGAACUUCUUACUCGUACCAAAUCGCGUCAAUAUAAUCUCGCAAGAUUUCUUUUGCUUUUGUUUUUAAUGAACAAUUGCUAGUAGGGAAUCCCUCUUGCUACAUGGCCUGCCCAUUUCGGUGUUCCACCAGACAGGUAAUAAACUCGUAAUAUCUCGACCAGUUAUCUCACGAAAGCUCUCGUGAACAAAUUUGCAAUGUACUCCUGCAUAUUUCUUUCCUGAUGCGAUGUUAUUGUUACCAUUCCAAAAACUGCAUUAUUGAGGUAUGGUUGGUUGCGCUUUA